AUGGCCGGUCCUGUCGCUGAUAUCCGCGAGAUCAGCGGAUCGGAUCUGAUCUCUGCUCUUCAUCUUGCUCAACAAGCACCAGCAAUCCUCGGCCAAGAAUCUGGGUCUGGAAGUACCUCCAAAUCUUCCGGUACUGCAGAUUACUAUGCACGAUUAGAGCAGCUUCUGUUGGCCUGUCUUCGGACGGGGGACGAUCAGUCGGCACAUACCUGCCUGAAUCGCCUCAGCCUCCGUUUCGGACCCUCUAACGAAAGGAUUAUGGGACUUCGAGGUCUGUACGAGGAGGCAACCGCCAAGGAUCAGUCCGCGCUAGAAAAAUGUCUGCAGGAAUACGACAAUACCCUGUCACAGAAUCCAGUGAAUGUGCCCAUCUUGAAGCGCCGGGUAGCGUUGUUGCGCUCUCUCAACCGUCCCUCUGACGCAAUCUCCAGUCUUAUUCAACUUCUCGAUGCGAUCCCCACCGAUGCCGAAGCCUGGUGUGAACUCGCCGACUUGUAUCAGUCACAGGGUUUGAGUUCCCAGGCUAUUUUUAGCCUUGAGGAGGCUUUACUCAUUGCUCCUAACUCUUGGAAUAUUCAUUCCCGUCUUGGUGAGCUGCUUUACAUCUGCGCAUCCGACGGGGACGCAUCCCGGCUCCUUGGGAGGUCGGUGCAACACUUCAGUCGAAGCAUUGAGCUUUGUGAUGACUAUUUGCGAGGAUUCUAUGGAUUAACCUUGGCAUCAACACGGAUGCUUGACAAUGAUUAUGCAGGCGUAUCAGGUCAAAUUCCUAAGAAGACCCUGGAAAGGUUGAAGGCCUUUGCGCUCCUGAAGUUGGGCGAGAUUGUUGAGUCACGGUCAGUCAAUGACCAACAUUGGGCAUCGAGUCGAAGCGAGUUGAUUGCAGCCAAAGAACUGCUGAAUCACCCCAACGGUUCGGAUCGCUCUUACUCUGACGACGAGGGAUCGUCUGGUGUCCAUGUCCCUACAUCUUCCGAGUUAGAAAGUCAUGAGUACCAGGAUUAUGAUGAGUGGGCGCAUUUGCCAUAUCCGGAUGAAUUGAAACCAUCUGAUUCAGCCUCCCGACCAAGAACUUCGCACCGCAGUCGUCCGCCCCACGGUUCACGCUCCGCUUCGGGCCGUCGCCCAGCAUCGCGACGCAUGGGUCCAGAACAUCAGGCAUUCGCCGCCCGAGGCCGAAGACAACCAUCACCAGAUUCUCCCGACAGCGCCGAUUCCGCCGACGAGUACCCUUCCAAUUUUGGUCGAAAUGAUCGAAGGGGAUGGCAGCAACCUAUGCCACCCGCUGGAUACCCUCCUAGCCAGUCCUCUGGUCCAUCGUACCCCCCCUACCCACCUGCUCCUCCACCGGGUCAUGCCCCGUAUGCCCACAAUCCUCCCCCGAUUACAUCAGAGCUCAUGAGAAUUCCUCACCCGGGCCAACCCAACCCCUAUGGUGCUCCGCCUUAUGGAUACCCACCUCAGUUUCAACCUGGGUCUCAUUUUCUUCCUGAUCCACCCCAACUCCAUCCACGACAUGCGCCUCGCCAGCCGCCUCAGAUGCACAAUCCAAUGCAGCCCCCAAUGCCGCCAAUGGCGCAUGCUAUGGGUCCUCAUGGUGCCCACCCUCCUUACCCUGGAUAUCCUCACGAGUUAAUGGCGUACGGUCCGGCUGGUUUCUAUCGAGAUCAACCCAACUAUUUCGGCGCACCGAUCCCAGGCAUGAUGCCUCCUCAUUAUUGGCCACCAUAUCCCCCGGUGCCUUCUCCUCCAGCCCAACCCGAACCUAAAUCUCCCCCGCCAGCACCUGCUCCCGAGCCUGCUCCCGCUCCGGCCCCGGCUCCGGCUCCGGCCCCUGAACCUGCCCCACCACCACCACCACCUCCCCCACCAGUUGACACUGCCAAGGAUGAGCAAAUUGCGAGACUAGAGAAGCUGAUUCUAGACGACCGUAUGGAACGCGAAGCGAAGGAGCUUGCCAAACAGCAGGCCAUUGAACGCGCGGCCGCCGAGAAAGCAGCUCAGGAUGCACAGACAGCGCAUGAUAGGAAGAUCACCCUCGAAGCUGCGGCGCUUGCGCGGGCGGAUGCCGAAAAGAAGGCAGCUGAGGACGCCGCAAAGGCCAAGGAGGAAGCGGAGAAAGCCACGGCCGCGGCCGCUAGUGAAGCAGCUGCAGCAGCAACGGCCGCCGCAAACGAAGCGGCUGCUAAAGCGGCAGCAGCGGCUGCUGAAGCGGCCGCCAAAGCUGCCGAACCGCCGCCACCACCGCCACCCCCAGAGAAGAAGCAGCCUAUCAAAUUCAAGGACGCUGUCGGGAGAAAAUUCAGUUUUCCAUUUGAACUAUGUGCUACCUGGAAGGGAAUGGAAGAGCUCAUCCGGCAGGCUUUCCUCCAUAUUGAAGUCAUUGGACCUCAUGUGGCCGAGGGGCAUUAUGAUCUAGUCGGUCCGAACGGCGACAUCAUCCUCCCACAGGUUUGGGAAACCGUGGUCGAGCCCGACUGGGCUAUAACUAUGCACAUGUGGCCAAUUCCCGAAAAGCCAAAGGAAGAUCCUCCCCCUGCGCCAGAGCCUGCACCAGAGAAACCUGCCGAGCCGCCUGCCGAGCCGAAGAAAAAAGCAGAUGGACCUAAAAAGGCUAAGGCCAGAGGACCAGAUGUCCCCGGAAGUUUCGCGAUGUGGAUGUUGGGUGGCACCAAUCGCCGGGGAGGCAAAGGGGGCCCUAAAGUGGAAAAAAAGGCUGAUGCCCCUCCCCCGGCACCUGCUGCACCAUGA